CAUUCAUUAAUAUAAAAGAAAUACAAUAUCUAUUUCGAAUUUCAUUUUUUAUCAUCCAUUUUAGUUAUUUUGCAACAAUUCUUGCAUCAAAUGAAUACUUUCGAUAAUUUACCAACCAAAUACUCAACAUACUUUUUCAAACAACAUUUCUCUAAAAAGUUCCGCACCAAAUAUGUGUUUGUUAACAUGGUCGCAGGGCCGGCCUACCCAAAAUGUCAAACAAGAAUAUAAAUUAUCAUGCAUAUGAUAAACCUAAAUGAAACUCUUCCGCCUACAAAACUCGCAUAAGAAGAGCAAACUGCUGCAUCCCAGACAUUACGUGUGAAUAUCAACAUAUUAAAUCGGUUGAAUCACAACACCGAUGUCGAUCCAUAGAAUCACCCUGCCUAGACCUCGCCUCACCUCUUGGUUUCAAAUACUGAAAUAAUAAAUAAUUCAAAAUUUUUUUAACUCUUAUUGAACAAGAAAUUGACAGGCACAGCUUGUCAGGGAAACCGUAUGGAAGAGAAUGAUCGAAGGCGUGAUUAGAUCACUCUCCUUAGAGUGUUUAUUUGCCCCUACUACUUUGUUGCUGGUAGGAUUUAGGCAAACCACCCCCAGGAGUACCUCCAAUCAAAGUCAGAAAGCAGCACCUUUCUUGACUUCUGUGUUUGUGUUUUUGAAGAAGGAAAACGAGGAGAAGAAGAAGAACGUUGGAACAGAAAUUCGGCUGCAGAAGACUUUUAUAGUGAAAACGGCAGUUCCCUUCCGAAGGGUUACGUCCGGUAAUUAAUUAAUUAAUUAAAAUAAUUCCGGUAAUUAAUUAGCCAAAAAUUCAAAUCCGAACGCGUCGCGCAAACGUGCUAAAUGUGUAGUGCGAUUUAAUAUGUCCAAUUAAAUAGCCCACACUUUUUCCAAAAGCCCACUAACCACUUUAUCCAAUAACUAAAGUGGAAAACAAACUUAAAAACAACUUGCACUUUAUUUCUCCCACCAAUGUGGUAUUUCCUUUACUCUUUGACUAUUCUAACACAGCUCAUAUAAAGUUAAAAGAGUAAAAUGAAACGAUCAACUCAAAAAUCAUGAAAGGUACAGAAAGAAGGCGACCAUCUACCAAUAUUAUACCCUUUAAUUUUCAGUUUGAUCUUUUUGACUCAAGACGGCGAGACCAUUUCAUUACCAUCUUAAUUACACUACAAUCACAGUCACGGAUAUGAUAUUAGAGCCAUUUUCAUUUAUCAAAUCAGCUCGCUACUGCCUAACCUACGGUCAAAGAAUCGAUCUUUACUGUAUUUCAUCAUUAAAAGAUAGUAUUUUUCUGACCAUCAGUGGUAUAUAAAGACGACUUGACCAACUUUCCUGACAAUAAUUGCCGUCACGAAACCGCACUUCUGUAAAACUCAGAGCCAGAGCAGAGUGUGUGAAUAAACAGAGCAUUUUCUUCUAUUUUUUUUCCCCGACAUGGGUCUCUGUAUUUCCUCACACCCCAAAAGAUCCGACCAGUUUCCGGCGACGGUGAAGGUGGUCAGCGCCCACGGCAAGCUGCAGGAGUUCACGCACCCGAUCCGCGCCGGGAGAGUGGCGUCUCUGUCGCCGGCGGCGGCGGGGGGAUGUUUCGUCUGCAGCUCGGAGUCGAUGUCGAUCGGGAGAUUGGUUCCGCAGUUGGAUGACGAGGAAGAGCUGCAGCUUGGGCAGCUUUACUUCCUGUUGCCGGUCUGCUUCGCUCGCAAUCCGUUGUCCAUUUCCGAUCUGUGUGGUCUCGCCGUGAAGGCAAGCGCCGCUUGGAAAAUUGCCUGAUUGGACCCUUCUCUCUCUCUCUCGGUGCUCUGUUUUGCUUUCCCCUGUCUGUUGCUCUGGAUGUAGACAUGGAGUUCGUCAUUGGGAUUUUGGUUUUUGGGGUUUAUUAGUUGGAAAUAUUUAGUGACUAACUGAUUGUGAUUCUGGAAUGUUUUUUUUUUUUUUUUAUGUAUUAUCAUUAUUGCAAUUAAUGGAGCAAAUCUGACUUUUGGUCCGGACCAUACCAAACUGAAUAUAUUAGGUUCAGAAAA